CGUUUGGUUGCACACUGGCUGCAGUUUCAGUUUGUUUUAUUCACCAUUUUGAGUAGCUGAAGGUAAAAAAAAUUAAGAAUAUUUGCGUUUGGAGGACACGUCGCUGCCGUACUUUUAUUUUCACGCGCUAGCUCGGUCGGUGGAGUUGUGCUCCAACCUCGCUCCCCUCGGUUUUUUGCAGAGCGGGAAUCUAUAUUUCUUUUUUUCCCUGUGCUUUUUCUUCUCCCCCUUUCUUACAUCCUUAACCUCUACAGUAUUCCUGCAAAAUGUCAAGACCAGUGAGGAACAAGAAGGUGGUGAACUACUCACAAUUCAACGAGUCUGAUGAUGCAGAUGAGGAGUAUGGUGAGAAUAAGCCUAAGAAGGUGCGCGCUCCCCCUCGUGAGCCCAAGCACAAGCGCUCAAAGAACUCACAGGAUGACAGUGAGGAGUCUGAUGAAAAGCUCUCUAAACCCAAAAAUGACUCGGCAGAGGACUUUGGGAGCAAUGAGGAAGACAAUGAAUUUGGAGAGGAGGAGGAUGAAGACGGAGGAAGCGACUAUGAAGAAAAAAAAGGCAAAAAGGGAAAGAAGGCAAAGGUGGUGGAGAAACCCAGCAAGAGGGGGCCGAAGAGAAAACGACCUGCAGAUGACAGUGAUGAUGAAAAGGAAGUGAGUCGAAAGCGUACAGUGCGCCAGGCGGCAUCCAAGGCAGUGUCCAAACAGAGGGAGAUCCUGCUGGGCGAUGCAGGCAGUGAGGAUGAGGAGCAGGAAGACCAAGAGGAACCUUAUAAUGACCCUGACGAGUCCGGCAGUGAUGAGGACUUUACGGUGGAGGAUGAUGAUGACAGUGAUUAUGGCCGCUCCAAGAAGAAAGGCAAGAAGGUGAUUCGACGGGGACGGCCGGACAAGAAGGAGAAGAAAAGCCCCAAACCACGACUAAAGGCCACAGUGACCCCCAGCCCGAUGAAAGGAAAGGGGAAGGGCCGCCCUAGCACCAAGGCCGUGGAGAAGAGCUCACCCAAAGAGGAGGAAGAGGAGGAGCCCGAGAGUCCCCUGGAGGAAGAAGAAGAGGAGGAGGCAGAGAAGAAAGAGACCUCCCCCGCCCCCAAGACGACGAAGGAGGCCGCAGGAGGCGACGAGGAGGAGGAAGACGACGAAGAGGAGGACGGCUCAGAAGAGGAGGCACCCUCUGGAGAAGACUAGAAGAUGGUACCCGCUGAAGCCCAUCCUCCACGUCUCUUUCUGUCUCUUCUCAAAGUUUUGUUGCUCUGCGUUUAGAGGUUGUUUUUUUUCUUUUUUCUUCCCCCCCCCCCCCCCCCCCCCCCCCCCCUCCUCCUGGUGGCCUGGCUCAAUGGUUUGGACUUGGUGUGCUUUUUCUUGUUUUGCUUCUCCCCCUUCCAACCAAGACAUUGUGCUCAUGUGAUCAUACGGUGUAUGUAAGGAGACACAACAUUCAGCCUUACCCACCCUCCUGUCUUUAUCAUUUACAUUCUGUAUUUUAGUGUGAAAAUCCAGACAAGUUUCUGCCUUUCCAAGAGCUCAGUGCUAGUGAGCAUCCGUCCUGAGUGUGAGCAAAUUGAUUCACUUGUUUUUGUUUUUUCCUCCCCUGGGAUUAUCAGUGAUCUGACAUGACUGGCCACAUCAGUCCAGUUUACUUUACUGAUAGCUGCGUAUUGUUCCAAGCUUCUCAGUAUCAGUUACAAAGCGCCGCUAAAUCAACACGCGCAGGGCCGAAGCCUUUACCCUCUCUUUGGUACUUUGUGCUUUUAAACCAGGAGCAUGUUUUAACAGAGAAGCGUUAGUUAGGUAGUUGUUUUAAAACUGUUUCAGUUAAAGCAGCUUCUUUUUAAAGAUCACCCUGCUUAUUUCAGACUAUAUUGGUGCCCUGAACUCUUGUUGUGUGGCUGCUGCUUCAUAGAUCAGUUCAAACUGUUAAAGGUGUGCUAUGUAGACUAGCGGAGUGGUGGGUCUCUGCUGACUGUUUGCUACAUGCCGGACUGCCACUAUCACACAGCCAGCAUGUGUGUGUUUUUAUGUACUUGUUUAAAUUUGUAUGCUUGUGGGGGUGCUUUCUUUUUAAGAGGGCCUGGCUUAUUUUCUCUCAGCCCAUCUGCUGCCUAUGUUUAACAGUUUCAGUUUGUUGUUGUAUGUUUGGCUUUCUACGUGAAGCAACCCCACCCCUUUCAGAACACACAAUCCCCACCUCCCUGCAUGGCUACAGCAGCUUGUCAACAUUCAGCCCCUUGUGCCAGGCACCCCUAAACCCUUUUUGUUUUUGUUUUUAUUUUUAUGAAAUUCAAGAAGAGAUGUCUUUUUUUCUUUUUUUUUGAGAGAUCAAAAAAAUGAAUGUUGUUUUUUCUCCUGUUGGUUCAUUGUUCUAAUUCUCUAUUCAGAUUUUUUUUUGUAAUGUUUGUUUUUUAAGAAAAAGAAAUAAAAUGUAUCUUGAUUUUAAAGAAAAAAAGUUGACCCUAUCCAAUCUGUUCUGCCUGCUGGUUGGACCAGCCAUCCCUCCCUUAGUUACAUCCCUCCCUUAGUUACUGCCCUUUCAUUCAGUCCCAUCAGCUUAAUGCUCACUGUGUUUGUAUCCAUGUUUUUCUGAUAGCAUUUGUUUACCCAUUAGUAUUUCACAAGCAGAUACAUUUUUCCAUUCAGAAUGAUACGAGUACUGAUGAGGUGUGUUGCUCAGUCUAUAUCUGGCAUUAGUUUGUCUUUAUUAAUGCCUUAAUUUUCAUUGCGUUCAGUUUCAGUAGUGGCUCUGAUAUCAUUGUUGAAGGCCUCAGAAUGUAAUCUGUCCUCAUGUUGUAGGUCUUUGCUACAAGCGGCACGUUAGGCUUAGAACAAGUCAACAAUUUGUUGAUCAGCAGACCAUCCAAAGCCAUAAAUGAUCUCAUAACUAGUGACUUGGAGAUCAGAUGCAGCACUUGUAUGAUUGUCCUUUUUUCAAUAAGAAGUGUUUUGAUGUCAAAACAAAAAAAGAAAAGAUGAGAAAAAGCUGCUCUUUUGAUCUUGGGAACAUAAAUGCAGGCAUCUGUCAGGAGAAAUUCAGAUUCGUCCCAAGGCUACAAUAGAAUCAGUCCUGGAUGUGUACAGGGCACACUCGAACCUAGUCCGUGGUUCAGAAGCACAUUCAAUUGUUUUACAACUCAGCAGGUUAGUGUGUUUUUCUAUGUUCACGUCCUGAAUUGGCACCAAAUCCUUAAUGUCAUUUUGAGAUGAUUGGAUAUGAAUAUGGAAAUAGAGGAAAAAAGUAGUUUAUACCGAUCUAAAGCUCCGAGAGCUGUUUGCAGAAGCAUCAGAUGCUGUCCUGUCCACAGCGUUGAGGUUCCUCUCCAUCAUCACACAGGAGGCACAUGGCAGAAGGCUGUGAAUUUCUCCUCUUUCAUCCAUUCUCACAUUUCUUCUGUUGUACUGUUUUUGAUGUUUUUUUCUAUCUACUUGCAGCUGUACUGGCAAUGUUAAUGCAAGCCAAGUUGUGAUUCCUACAGGAGAGCAAGGGGAGAAGCUUUUUGUCAGUAGUGUUGAAAGGGAACGCUGAACUCUUGAAUCUUUUGCAUGUUGUGGAAAAAAGUGUGAAGCAAUGAUGCUGGUAAUGGCAAUUUUGUGGUCUUACAAAAAAAAGUAUUAACAACGACGAUGUUGAUAAUGUUUUGGUUUCCCAGCUUCUAAUAAAGGCAACCUACUUUUUAUACGGAU